AUCUACAGUAGGUAAACAGACUUGUAGAUAAUUUUAUUUAAUUUAAUUAAACAUUUUUUUCUACAAAAUUACAAAUUGACAUUAAAACAAUUAUUAUUUAACAUUCUUUUAUACUAAAUUAGCUUUAUAACCUUGAAAAGACUAAUUUGCAUAAUGACACUUUGUUUAAAAAUUGGAAGGGGAAAACACCGAUAAAUAUCCGUGUGUACAAUACACAUGCAUAUUUCUUUUUAAUUCGAUAAAAAAAAGACCUUAAUGUUAAUCUUUAGAGUUGAAUAGUGCUUAAGUUUUGUCAAGAGAAAUACCAGAAGCAUCUUGCUAUUCUCAAUGCUUUGUAUGUCAUUAUCAUUAUUAUCAGUUUCCAUUUACAAUACAAAGGAAGUAAAUCACCUGUUGAAUUUAACUGCGCGAGUUUUUUUUUCUUUUUUUUUACUAUAAUUAAAUAAUCAAGGUGCGGUUGGCAAAAUAAUACUUAAAAAAAAAAAAGGAAUUUUAAAAACAUUUUUAUUUUGUGGAAAAUGUCAGUUUCAUCGAAUUUGAAAGAUAGAAUUGAUAAUAUACUUACUGUUGAUGCUACACCAAGUACACCACAAACGCCUUGUGAAGAUGAUCUUCUUGAUCAAUUUGAUAUAAAUGAUUCUCCACUUUCAAAAAUUUCACGAAGUGGUACUAUUUUCACGCCAACAACAGAACAGACACGACAAUCUACAUGUGAAUUUGAAUCGACUUCGGAUAUUAAAUUUCCGAGUGCUAAAAGCAAAUAUCCGGAUGAUGACGUGAACACUGAUUCUGGACAAGAGAAAAAAAACAAUGGAUAUAAAAAGAAACAUAGAUCAAAAGCUAAAAAUCCAAGUGCUGUAAAUUACAAUAUUAUUAAUUCUAAUGAUGUGAAAAUUUGUCCUAAAACAAGUUUUAUUUGUAAUAUUAAUCAACAUAUCAAUGGAACAAAUAGUUAUCCACAAAAAACAAAAACAGUAAAAUCAAUGCCUAUUGGUAUACGUAAUCUUAGUGAAUGUCAAGAAGAAAUCUCAAGAAAUGAUAUACUAUUAAUAAAAGAACAUAUGGGUUCUGGUUGGAAGGAUGUUGGAAGAAAAUUAAAUUAUUCAGACGGUCAACUUGAACAAUUUCAAGAGAAUUUUAAUAGUCGAGGUCUCGAUGAGAUUGUCUACCAAUUUUUAUUAGAUUGGAAACAAGCAAAUUCAAAGGAUGCAAAAUUGGGAAUUCUUGUAACUGCAAUGUGGACAAGUCAUCAAUAUGAAUGCGUUAAAGAACUUGAAAAAAGUCGUAGAAAAUCAUCGUGAAUUUUUUUUUUUUUCCUCCAAAAAAAUUGUUUCCAAAGAAAUUUUUUUUUUUUUGUAAAUUUUUUGCAUUUACAAAAAUGAAAUUGAAAUUUUUAUUUCAAUUCAAAUAAUUACCGGUGAUCGCAUUCUAAUUAACAUUUAUUAGAUUUUAAAAAUUCAAAAUGAUAUAUUUAAUUUUUGUUUACAUUAUCAUUUUUCCCAGUGUAAUUUUUUAAAAGGGUUUUUUUUUAAAUUAAUUUUAAUUUUUUUUUUUUUAAAUUAGUUUAUAAAACUAUAUUGUAAAUAAGAUUUUAACAAAUAACAUAUUGUAAAUAGUAAUAAAGAACAAAAUAUGAAGAAAUAAUAAUAAUAAU